AUGGUCGAAAGAGAAUCGCGCGAUGAGGAAAUAGGCUUGAGAAAAACUCGCCUUGAUGGAGCACCAAAGCAUGAUUCAUUUCUUAAUAUAGAUGGGUUACUAUUAAGAAGCUACGGAUGGUUAGUAAAAAACGCCAUAGGCAUCAUAGUACUGAUUCAUGGAAUUAGAAAUCACGCGAGACUGAAAUUUUUAAGACCCAAUGUAGAGGUAGUAAGCGACGAUAACGUUAUAUUGAAGGAUGAAAUUAAUUACUACCUCUAUGAAGAUAGCUGGGUAGAAUAUUUUAAUCAACAUGGGUAUUCCGUUUUUGGAUUAGAUUUACAAGGCCACGGUCUAUCAGAUGGGUUUGAGAACCUCAGAUAUAAUGUAAAAGAGUUUGACGAUUUUGCCUAUGAUUUAUUGCAAUAUAUUAGCAAAAUUCAGGAUAGCUUCAAUGGUUGUAAUGAAGAUGAUGGAGGCGAUACCCUCCCAUUCUUAGAUAACAGUCUAGGUGAAAGGAAGCCCCUCCCGGUUUACGUAGCCGGUAUAUCUCUGGGGGGAAGUAUCACGUUAAGGAUGCUACAAAUAUUGGGAAAGUCGCAAAUAGAAAAUAAAGGACUAAACAUCAGGGG